UGGCUGUACUAAUCGUAUCUCGAGAUUUUUGGAGGAAAAGCUUUCUGCGUUGUUUUGGUUGAUUUAAAGCUUGCAGAAAUUGGACUUUAGCCAAUUCAUGAGAGAGCUCGCUCAUUUGAGCGGAUGUUUGCUGAAUUCUUUCGAUGAGGAAUGUUUCCGCUCUCUCCGGCCGCAUCAUUUUAGCCUUUGCCAGUUGAAAAUAAAAAGAUUAAUGUUUGAAAAGGGCCAAAAGUAUGCGCCCGGAGCGAGCUUGCACCUGGUUUUAAUAGUGUUAAUGAGAGAGAAAGCCUUUGGACGAAGCUGAACAAAUUUUAACCUCAUCCAUUCAACAAUCUUCACGAGAAGUUCCAGAGCUGAUUUUGGCUCUAGCGAAAAACCAGCUUGCACGUGGCCUGAACAGUGUUAACGAAAGAAAAGUCUACUUAAAGAAGGUAUUAGAACAUGUUGAUCGAGCUUUAAAAAUUGAGAAAAACGGAGAAGGCCUGGUUGUCAAGUUAGUUUUGAAUACUUGCAAAUAAAAUUAAAAUUCUGCCCUACUAAAACUUGGGAAAAUCCUGCAAAACCCCCCUUUAUUUGCAAGUAUUCAAAACUAACUUGACAACCAGGCCUUCUCCGUUUUUCUCAAUUUUUAAAGCUCGAUCAACAUGUUCUAAUACCUUCUUUAAGUAGACUUUUCUUUCGUUAACACUGUUCAGGCCACGUGCAAGCUGGUUUUUCGCUAGAGCCAAAAUCAGCUCUGGAACUUCUCGUGAAGAUUGUUGAAUGGAUGAGGUUAAAAUUUGUUCAGCUUCGUCCAAGGGCUUUUUCUCU